AGACCAGCGGAGCGUCAGACCAGCAUUCCGACUAGUCCAGCGUCAGACAGACCAUUGGAGGGUCAGACCAGCGGAGCGUCAGACCAGUGGUCGGACCAGUGGAGCGUCACGGUUCCUCAAGAAACGAGCUUCUCCUAGACAGUCAUGUCUUCCCCCACGGGUGUGUCUGAGGACCAGCUCCAGUGUCCAAUCUGUUUCCAGGUCUUCACUGAGCCCGUCUCCACGCCAUGUGGUCAUAACUUCUGCAAGGCCUGCAUAGUCCGCUUCUGGACCGACCAGACGGCGCCGUGCUGCCCGUGCUGCCGGCAGCCCUGCAGACCCUCGGAGAUCAGGGUGAACACCGGCCUGCGGGACAUCGUGGAGCGCUUCAUCAGCACCCGAGAGGAGGAGGGCUCCGUCGCCCUGCCAGGGCAGGUGCCUUGCGACGUCUGCCCGGGCUCCAAGCUCAGGGCCCUGAAGACCUGCAUGGUGUGUCUGGUGUCCUACUGCCUCCGCCACCUGGAGCCGCACCGCAGGGUGCCCGGCCUCAUGAGGCACCAGCUGCAGGAGCCGCUGCAGAACCUGGCCGGCCGCGUGUGCCAGAAGCACAACAAGGUGCUGGAGGUGUUCUGCAGGGAGGAGCAGGUGUGUGUGUGCGUCCUGUGUAUGAAGGAGGAACACCUGACCCACCAGACCGUCUCCCUGGAGGAGGAGGCUGCAGAGAGGAGGACUGGUCUAGGUGUCAGGGCGCUCCAGAUGAAGGAGCAGGUGAAACAUAAAGCCUCUGAGAUUCAAGACGCAAAGAAGUGUGUGGAGGACAGGAGGAGGGAGGUGGAGCUGGACACGCAGGAGAGCGUGGCGGCUCUUAAAGGUCUUGCUACGUAUGCUCAGGCCCACAUGGAGCAGAUGCUCGGAGUGAUGAAGGAGAGGCAGAAGUCAGAGGAGGCGAAGGCUACACAUCAUCUCAGAAAGCUCCACUUGGAGCUAGCAGAGGCCCACCAGAAGAGCAAGGAGAUGGAGGAGCUCUGCCAGACCAAGGAUCCCCUCCUCCUCCUCGACGGCUCCUCCUCCUCCGGGCCCCUCCCCGCCCCCCCGGCUCCCGGGGGCCCCACCGGGGGCGCCGUCCGGCAGCAGCCGCUGUGCGCGGCGGAGGUGAAGGCGUUGGUGCAGAGCGUGGAGGAGACUCUGAGCAGGGAGAUGCAGAGGGUCCUGGCUGGGGAGGAGGACGAGCUGAAGGCCCAGCAGCGCCACUGGGUGGAGGUGGACCUGGACGCUGACACCGCCCACCCCGGCUUGGUCCUCUCCCAAGAUAAGAAAGGAGUGAAGGACAGAGGGCCGCUGACACAAGACCCUCUCCCCAAAAACCCCAAGAGGUUUGACUUCCACCACUGGGUUCUGGCCAAGAAGGGCUUCUCAUCGGGGCGUUUCUACUUCCAGGUGGAGGUCAGGCGUCAGACGGGAUGGGAGGUGGGGGUGGUCAGAGAGUCCAUCCAGAGGAAGGGUCCCUGUAUGAACCUCGGGCCCGAGCAGGGCGUCUGGACCCUUGGUCUCUAUGAUGGGCAGUACCGGGUCAACACCGGCCACCCCGCGCCCUCCCACCUUCUGGGGCACCGGCCCCAGGAGGUGGGGGUGUCUGUGGACUACGAAGGGGGCUGCGUCUCCUUCUACGACGUGGACUCCAGGACCCUGAUGUACUGCUUCAGCGGCUGCUGCUUCAACGCCUCACGGUUCAGCAAGCUCCCCUACUACUACUACAACAGAACCAACAUCCUCCCCUUCUUCCGGCCCAGUGACAGACCUGGCGAUGGCUUUCUGACCAUUAGUCCCGUCCACCAGCGCUGAGGUUCAGGUGUGUGAGAAGCACAGGGUAGAGGGGGCCGUCAACCCCCUGCCCAGCGGGUCCCAUCCCCACGGUGUGGGUCGUACAGGACUUCUCCUCCAGUGCUGUGUUCCAAUAUCCAUACUUCCAUGACACUCAAGCGUAGUACACUUUCCGCACUCACUAAGUGCGCU